GAUCGUGAGGCAGAGUGAGAUGGAGAAAAUUAUUCCGAAAGCAGCGAAUAUGUGCGCACCACCCAACAUUUUGAGGUGAGCUGAGACGGUGAAGAAAAGCCACGAGUUAGUAUAGGUCUCGAUCGCGAUGUGGUUGCGUGCAAAAGUUCUCUUUCCAUUGCGCGCCAGCAUUGGCAAUAAUAUGAUGGCAAAUAUCGAGAGUGAGUGAGAGGCGCGCGCGCUGCAAAGUGUGCAGAAAACAGGGCAGAAACAGUGCGAUCGCGCGAUCCUCAAAUUGAGGACUGACUGCACACAAGAGGCAGGAUUAAUCGUCAAGUGGUGGGCAAAAAGGGCAUUGAUCAGGAGACGAGCUCUGUGUGUGUUUGUGUCUGUUGAAUGGGAGAAAGAUUGUUAUCAAUUCAAUGGUGAUCUUGACUUGAAGUGCAUACGAAAAAAAAGGUUAAUUCUCCACUGAAGUCUGUGAAUUAAGGCUCUCAAUAAUUAUUUUUUAUAUCUCGUGAAUGCUAAUCAGCCACUCUUGACACUCGCAAUUACAUUUUCCCUCCUCACCACAAUCUCUGGGAUGCUGGCUGGUUGAGUGAAAGAAGAAGAAAACGCACAGUGUGUAAAUUCUUUCAGAGAGUCACAAAUCAUUCUCAAGUGAUGAGAAUGGAUUGAAAGUGAUCUUGUGCAACUCCCAUAAUAGUUUUCUUUUUUUUUUUAAAUUCAUUCUUCUUCAUCUGCUGUGAGACAACGACACAUUUUGUGAGGAGUUUGGCGUGCAGAAGAGCUGCUUUGCUGCCCACAAGCGAUCACGCAUCGAGACCAUGGAGUACGUAACGGUGGUGGCGGUGGAUAAUGGAGCUGUGAUGGCGAAGGAGAGUGUCUCCGCUGAGGAGAAGUCUCCAGACUCGCCGUUUAUAACAGUGCUGUCUAUUGGAGACACGCCAGCGGCUGGCCAGGCGGCUGAGAAUGUGGUGGUGUAUCGAUUGCCGGGAGAGCGACUGGGAUUUGGGCUGAAGUUCCAGGGCGGCACGAAGAGCAACGAGAAGAUCCAGCGGCUCUUCAUCCAAUCCUGCGCUCCUGACAGUCCUGCCUCGCGCGCCACCGCCUCCUGGGGCUUCCUCAGGGAGGGAGACGAGAUUCUGGAGAUUGACGGGGUGUCAGUGACGCAGAUGACGAGAAUUGAGUGUGUGCGAUGUCUGAAGGAGAGCAAUGUGGCGAUCAAAUUGGUCGUGAGGAAUGGCGAAGGACGUCCAACUGACGAUGCGAAGACAAACUCCCGGCCGCCAAAGCCUCCGCCAGUGCCUCCCAGGAAGCUGAACAAGAGGCGCAUUGAGCAACCCGCUGAGCAGCCGUCCAGUCAAUCCAGAGAUCAGCAGAGACACUCCUUGAGAGCGGAGAAUGGCUUCACACCUCCGCCAGAUGCCGAAUUCUAUCUCAAUCUCUUCUCCGAGGAGAACGACAGCAACUUCCGCGGGUCAGAGUCCGAUGACACGGGCAGCACAAUCUCCACAGUGAUCGACAGGUGCAAGGAUGUGGACCAGAUCUCGGUGAGCUCGAGCAAAUCCGUGGAAUUGGCCAAAGUGCUAAAACCCUUCACGCUGCUCGAGAGAGAGUUCAAUGUGGAGAACACGGGAAAACUGGAAGAGUGUCUCAUGAGACUCCAGCCGCCGGUCAGCUUCCAGGACGAUCAGGUGGUGAUCGUGCAUGGUGAGGCGACGAGAGUGAAGGUGGAGCCUCCGGAGAGUGACUAUGAGAAUGUGAUCUUCCUGUCCACGCAGAGGCGCUCGGAGGCGCAGAAGUAUGAGAACGUGACAGUGGAGCCGCUGCCGCCGAAACCCCUGCCGCGCCAAGUGAUCACGGUGGAGCCAAAGAAGAGGACAAUUGUGCCCAGUGUGCGUCCGCGGGAGUCCAAGGCGACUAAGGAAGUGUCUCCAGAGUACACGACAAUCGAGACAUGGCUCCAGGGCGCUCAAGAGCCCGUCCAGGUGGCAGCCAGUGAGCCGCCGGUGAAGCAGUGCAUCAAGAUAUCGACGGCCGACGAGGAGGAUGAUGGCUAUGUGGAGAGUUCGAGCGAUGAGGAGGUGGAGAAGGUGUACGAGCCGAUUCUCAUGGAGAAGCGCGACUCUUCGGAUGGUGAGGAGGGCGAGAAGUUGGGACCUCCUGAGCUGCUGGCCGGACCAGGACCCUCUGAGGCGUACUUCAACUUCCACUGGAACAGUCCUGUGAUGCUGCCCACGAUUGGCGAAGUGGAGGAGGAACUGUCGUCGCUGGAGCAGCAAAAUUCCGGGCCACUGGUCAUCAUCAAUGGUGGCGAGGAAGUCGGCGGUGCAUCGCCCGAGGGGGAAUCGAGUGGAGUGGCGGCGGCGGAGGAGGAGGAGAAGCCAAAAAUCCACACCGAAGCGGCGAUUCGUGGCGAUAAGUCAGAUACUGGGAGACGCGAUUAUGUGGCGAGCGGCAGUGAUAAGAGGGCAAAUGUGGAUGUGCCAUUGAUGCGUGAGAAGUCACCGUCUCAGGAAAUAUCUUCAGCUCCAGCGAUCAGUGUGGCUUCAGACGCCGCCGCCGCUGGUGAUAGUGUGAUGGACGUUACAGUGAAGAUCGAGAGGAUAAUUCUUGGAACUGAACACGGAACUGUGCCGCAACGAUCGCCAGUCAGCGAGCCGAGUAUCGCGCCAGAAAUCAGGAAUACAAAUGCAGAGGUUGAGGACACCAUGGAGGCCCAGACGACGUCCCCAAGUGCCCAGCAAGACAUGGAGAGAUCUGCUCUUGUGAAUAAUUGUUCAACAUUGUCGACACAUUUAUCACCAGCACCACCACCACCCACAUUCAGCCGCUUGCCGCCCGAUGGUCACGAAUUCCCGCCGAAUUUCAGUGAUACAGAGCCCACGACACAGCAGACACAAUCAGGGAAGUCUCCAGUGAAAACAUUCUUGGAAGAGGCUCCGCCGCUGCCCAAGUCCGUUCCACCGCCCCUCAAUUCCCCGCGAGUUUCGCAGCCGCGCCAGGAGUUGCUGCUGAAGAUGGACGUGGAGCGUCAGCAGAACGGCACGCAGUCUCUGGUGGAGAUGCGCAAAAAGUCCAUCGAGAGUGUGGAGUUGACGCAGAGUCGGUCGCGGACGCUGGACUCUGGUGGGAUGCGGAAGAGCUCCCUGAAUUCCAUGUGGCGCAAGGAUGAGCGCUCGGAGAAGAGCGUGAAGGACAAGAUAGCCAUGUUCUCCAAUCCAGACACGCAGGGUGAGCUGACGAGGAAGAGCCUGAACAGGAGCACCGAGGAUCUGCUGGACAAAUGUGAUUUGGCCGGGCCCAAGAGGCUGGGCAGGGGCGACAGCCUCACGAAGAAGGCGAAGAGCGUUGAGAAUCUCGAUGUGGAUGAUGUUCCUAAUCUUCACAGGGAGUGUGAAGUUGAGCUGAGACCAAAGGUGGCGCAUCAGGUUGAGGUGGCCAGCUACUCAUCCCUGCCGCGGCGGAAUGGCGGCCUGGCUCAGCUCACGCGCACCAUCAGCUUCUCCGGGUAUGGCAGCGGUGCGUGCAUGGACGACCGCCGGCGGAAUUCAAUCACAAACAUGCUGGAGACGCGAAAGAAGUCCAUGUCCAAAUUGAGGGGACUCGUUAUUCCGGAGCGUGUGGCGCCCGAACCUGUUCUGCUGGAUCUGCCUGAAAUCAAGAGUGCCGAUCUGCAGAAGGUGGCCGGAUCGCGAUUCUCCAUGCCGGACAUGUCCGUGGCGUCGCCUGCGCGCUCGCACGUCGAGCGGAAGAUCAAGAUGACCCUGCCGAGUCCGCCGAGUCUCGAGACGCGCUACAAGAGCAUCUUCGACGGCACCCGGCGCCCGCUCAUCACCUCCCUCGGCCGCCCCAUGGUGGCCACGAACGGCCACGCGGCGACGGAGGAUGAGGGCCACAAGAUGGGGCCGCUGACGCCGCCGGUGAAGCCGCCGCGGACUUCGCUAAUUGUGCAGAAGGCGCCGCAGACGGACGAGAGUGAGGACAGUGAUUCGGUGGUGAGCUCGAGGAUCUCCACGCCCAUUGGAUCUCCCGUGGUGGCGGAGAAGAUGCCGCUCACGCGGACGCUCAGCUCAGAGACGAACACCUCCAUCGCCAGCAGCACCACGUCCACGCUGACAUCGGGAUCUGGUUCCCAGGCGAGCUGCAGCUCCCUCGGAUCCACGCCCACGGUGGACAUGAAGAGAAAGGUGGUGAAGUCGUCGUCCAACGAGAGCGGCAUCAACAGGAAGAGCAUCCUGGCGUCCGCGAAGAGCCGCAGUGGCAGAUGUGAUGAUCACGCCGCCAGAUCUGGACGGUAUGAGGAUGAAGACAGCACAGAUGGGUAUGACGAAGAUGAGAUCAAGAGGCCAAAGCCCAAAGUGCGAAACCUUCUGACAAAUGGCAAAUCCGCCCAGCCUGACCAUCAGAUCAUCAACUACAAGCUCGUGGAUGCGGGUGAAUUGCCCAGCAUUGUCGAUCGGGUGAUAAAUGUGGCGACUUUCGUGGAAGUCGUGUCGGAUUCUGAGGAGGUGAUUGCGAAAGUGGAGUCAGUGAAGGCGCUGGAGGUGGAGAAGACUCCCCGGCGGCUCAAUCACUCCUCCUCCGAUGAAUUGUCUGACGGCAAUGAGAUGAACGAGGUGGCGAAGUGGGUGCGAAAGGAGGCGGCCAAGACGACUCUCGAGGAGUCGCCGGAGCCUGUGAAGGCGACAGAGAUUCACGUCAAGGAUAAGGUGGAUGACAUUGUGCCCACCACGAGGACCAUUCCCAAGAGUCUCAGUGAGCAGAAGAAGCUCUCCACUGCGGACAUCCGGAGGCAGUUCGAGAGCAAGAGCGCCGGCAGUUCCUUCGUGCCAUCACCCACGCGACAGGCCGCCACGCCCACGACGCCCACCAGCAGAGACAAGGCCAUCAACUACCACGAUCGCUUCUCCUCCUGGGAGUCCGUGGCGUCCAAUUCCUCCUCCGGCGUGUCCUCCAUGCCCGCGCGCAGCAUUCAGAGCAACGGCAGUGAGACGAUGCAGAGCACGCCCACGGACUUCGGGAGCUUCUCGUCGCUGGGCAGCAGCCACAGUCUCAUCACGGCGCAAGAUCUGCAGUUCAUCAUUGAGGAGGCGGACCCGCCGCUGCAGAACCACGAGGCGUUCGUGGUGGUGCUGCAGCGGGACUCUCCCGAGUGCAGCAUCGGCAUUACGCUGGCCGGCGGCGCGGAUUACGAGGCGAAGGAGAUUACGGUGCACAAGAUUCUGUCCAAUUCGCCGGCCGACAAGGAUGGGCGACUGAAGAAGGGCGACAGAAUCCUGGCCAUCAAUGGUCUCAGCAUGCGAGGAUUGACACACCGCGAAUCAGUCACGGUUCUAAAGACUCCUCGUCCGGAAGUUGUUGUGGUAGUCACAAGGUCACCCAGCGUGUGCACGUCGACUCUGACGAAGACUAAGAGGUCGUCUUUGGGCUCCUUGACGUCUCUCACUGAGAAGGACACGCCCGAAGUGGCCGACACGAAGCUGAAGAGCUUCCACAAAGCAUCGAGAUCUCUUGAUUUGGACAUAAUGACGAAUGAAGAUGUUGCCACCUCGAGAGAAUCUCUGAAGGAAGAGAACGGCCUCAAGAGUCCUCCAUCAGUUUCCAGUGGAAUUUCGACUGUAAAACUGGGCAAUGGCAGUGCCGAAAUGGACGACAAGAUGUGCUCGUCCUUCGUGAAGUUGCGCUCUGUGCCCAAGGGGGCGCGCGAGGUGGAGGUGGUGAAGGAUUCUUGCGGUCUCGGCUUCUCCAUUGAGGGUGGCUUCGAUUCACCGCUGGGCAAUCGGCCGCUCCUGGUGAAGAAAGUCUUCAUGGGCGGCGCCGCCGAGAAGUCCGGCAAGGUGAAGAAUGGGAAUGAGAUUAUGGCGAUUAAUGGAUUCUCCAUGGCCACGGUGAGUCGCGUCGAUGCGUGGAGUUACAUGAAGAGACUGCCAAUCGGACCAGUGAAGAUCGUUCUGCUGUAGUCAUUCCUGAGCGGAGAGUAUUUUAUGUGCAAUUGAGAUACAAUUUUUUUCCAACGUUUAUUUAUACAUGAAGAAGGAAAGUAUAUAGUGAUUAAUUUGUCCUGCAAGGAUCACAAGACCACUUAUAAUUUGCCAGCACACAGACAAAAACAAAAGAACAGAAGAAAAAGAAAGCAUAUUGAGCGACUCUGCUCGGGUUUCAUUUAUUUAAUUUAAAAUGAAUACUGGAUGCAGAGAAAUGGCCAUAAGACGAUUUGAAUAUUUCCUUUUAUCCCUACAUUUGUGCACUCCUUUUGCCGCAUUUGGCUUAAACUACAAUAAUAUCUUCAUUGGUAGUGUUUAACAAAAAAAAUUUCCAUGUAAUCUUUCCAUUGGUCGACAGUGUCGAUUUCUUGCCCCUUUUGUUGAUCUUAUUGUUUAUUUUUUUGUUGUUUUGGUUAUUGAAAAGGAUAAAGAAGAAAAAUGCGAUGAUAAAAGCCUGCAGAUGGAAGUGCAUCGGAACGAAAUGUGGUACUUAAGAAAUUGAUUGUAUUGCGCAUAUAAAAGUCGCCUUAAUUUUUUUCUACGCCCAUCUUAUUAAUCCGAUAUUGAUAAACAAUUAACUGUAGGUAUUACAUACUAUUUUUAUAUUAAAUUCCAAUGCUUUGUACAUAAAGAAAAGAAAUUGAUGAAUAAAAGAUAUGAAGUUUCCGGAUACAUUUCUCGUUGAGUAUUCAAAGAAGGCGAAAUCAUCCUGAAGUUAUG